UUAACAGAUUACUUUUUAAGACAAUAGCCGUUUUAGUUUUCCCACCCAGUGAUAUUUUCUUGUCAUCUCAACCGAUCAACAGACCAUUAAAGUGGAAAAAUUAAAUCAUUUCACAACUUUACUCCCGACGCGUUUAACAAAUUUUUAGAAAAACUAGUUUUUGGUAUCUUAAUUAAUUAUGUGUUAGCAUCAUUUUUUUUCAUCAAAUGAAUCCGAAAACAUAUUAAUUUAUAUUCGUUUGAAAACUUGUGAAAAAAAUCAAUCGCCCAACGUGGGGCUCGAACCCACGACCCUGAGAUUAAGAGUCUCAUGCUCUACCGACUGAGCUAGCCGGGCAGUUGGAAUAGCUCACGGGCUGUCAAAACAAGGAAAUCGUACAAAUGUUCUCUCGUGGUAAAUCUAUACAUAUAAUGUCCUUAGACUUACUAACUUUCUAAAGACACUUCUAUAUUAUAACUACGCAUGGAAAAACGAACAGUUCGAACCUAUGAGCCGUGGACUAUGAUUUUCAUGCUCUAUCGAUCAGGGAACAGGUUGAAGCAGAACCUGCGAUCAGAAUCAGAAGCGGUAUAAUACUUAGGAAUAAUAAACAGAACCAACAUAGUUAUUAGCUUGUACAAUAAGUUACGCCCGUUUGUGAUGAUUUCGGCAAUGAUAUUAUCGAAUCCGAUCAAAUGAGCAAUUAGAGUCGUUGCAAUACUGCAGAAAACUACUAUAUAUAGGAAGGUUUCGGCGAAUGUGUAUCAUCGAAUCGGAACGCUGUUAAAAUGAAGACUGUGGCUAAGAUACUGGUGUUCCAACUGUUUCUAGUUAUAAUGGCUGGUGCCAUUGAAUACCAGUUAUUUGUGGACGAGGACGAUGUUUUUGCGCCAUGCGAGAAUCAGCCUGGCAAUCCUUCCAACUCGGAUAGUCUCUUUGACCCGACUUGGAAAAUAACCACGCAUGGCGGCAAAGUUGCAAUUGAGGCACAACAAACUGUCGUCUGGAAAGAUGUCCAGCCAGGGGACACAGUAAAGCUCUUUGCACAAGUCUUCCGCAUGGAGAAGAACACUUGGCAAAAGACAAUGAUCUCCGUAAACAGCAAUAACUUUUGCAAAAACAUGUUCGACAAAGGGCAGUACUGGUAUCAGUUUUGGACGCAGUAUAUAAGAAACUCAGAUGAGAUCAAGACGAAGUGCAUAGUUACACCUGGGGCCGUCAUAAAAUACAAUCCUAUCGAUGUUGAAUUGAAGGUCAAUCUGAAUGUUCCCAAUAUGAGCGGGCGCUACAAGGUGGUAGUCCAGUUUGAUGCCUUCGAUAAGAGCAAUGUCAAGCGACCAGUGUCCAUUUGCUCGGAGUUUCGUGGUAAUAUAACGAAGGUCUAAUAUCGAAAAUUAUAUAUGCAUGCUGAGCAGACAGCGAAACACCAUUAAAGUUUAUAAUCAAGUACAACCUACAACUAGAUGGU